AUGUUCUCGUGCAGGCAUUACAAAGAAGCACGAGGCACAAUAGGAAUAACACUAGUGUCACAUUUCUUUGUGCCAGUUUCUAAUGCACACGCCAUCAAAAUGCUUUUUACGAUCUUUGGAUUUUAUGUUUGGAUGGCAAGACUAAAUUAUUAUCCUACUUACUAUGCAAGCUAUGCCGGUCACAACAAUUCCAUAAACGCAAGCUACUUAAUAGAUGCUCGCGUUAAUCAAUCACGGGAGCUUAAUGGAGUUCCUAUUGGUCCACAGGAUUGCAGGUUGGUUCGUACUGACGUUGAUGAGUUGAAUGAUCCAUCACUAUCACUUGCGCAAGCCCUUAACGAUACAAAUAGAAUUGACUAUUACCAUAACCACACCUAUUAUGUUAAAGCAGCAAUCAAAAAGGGUACCAAAGUAAAGGGAUACUUUGCAUGGUCAUUACUAAACAACUUUGAAUGGAAUUUUGGAUACACUGUUCAAUUUGAUAUCAACUACAUGGAUUACAACAAUGGACUUAAAAGGUACUUAAAAACGCUCGGCACACUGGUUCAAAAGGUUGCUCAAGAAGUGAAGAAAUCUGAUUAUAGGUAUUGCUUCCAUAUUUGUAUUUCCUUCAAUAACGUGGAUGCUGUUAGUGUACAAUCAUGUGAGUGA